AUGCAGACGGGCCGAGCUCGGACCGCGCCGCCGCCGCCGCCCAGCUCCUCGGGCCUGGCCCGCGGGCUCGGGGUCGCCUCGGAGGUCCCGCUCCAGAUGUCUACUCAGCUCAAAGAAGGGAUAAGGGUCUGUGUUCAAAUCGAGAACAAGAGUUUGGACAGAUCAGAGUCUAGGUUUCUUGAAAAGGAAGAGUUGGGAGAAAUCAUGGCCAGUUGUGAACCAAGUUCACAUUCUGAGAACCAGAGCCCUCCACCUAACUCCCCAGGGUACCCCUUGGAGGUGAGAGUGGGUGAAGAAGUCCCAGGACCAUCAGCACCCUGGGUCAACCCCAGCCCCCUGCCUCAGUCCCCUGACCGGAAGAGGAAGAGGGAGUGGUCCACAGAAGAGGAGCCGGAGGAGGAGGCGGCCCCUGGGGCCCAGGACACCUGGGUUGUGGAGACCCUGUGUGGGCUCAAGAUGAAGCUGAAGAGGCAGCGGGUGUCCUCAGUGCUGCCGGAGCACCACGAGGCCUUCACCAGGCUGCUCGAGGAUCCUGUCGUCAAACGAUUCCUGGCCUGGGACACAAAGCUGAGGGUCUCUGACAAGUACCUCCUGUCCAUGGUGGUCGCUUAUUUCAGCCGGGCGGGGCUGUUCUCCUGGCAGUACCAGCGCAUUCAUUUCUUCCUGGCCCUCUACCUGGCCAAUGACAUGGAAGAAGAUAACCAGGCACCCAAACAAGCCAUCUUCUCCUUCCUCUACGGGAAGAACCGCUCCCAGCGUCCCCUGUUCCACAAGCUGCGGCUGCAGUUCGUCCGUUCCAUGGGCUGGAGGACGAGGGUCUCCCGGGAAGAAUGCGAAGAGAUCCAGACUUUUGACCCAGAGCUCUGGGUGUGGGGGCGAGAUCGCGCCCGUAUCUCCACGACUGCAGAGGCCUAA